CUGAUUGAAGAGCAACAACAAACCGAGUGAGUUUUUUUUCUCUCUCUCAGUUUCUCUCUAAUUGUUGAUGUUCCAUGUUUUCUUGAUUAUUCUCAAACUCUUCUAUUAAUAGACUAUCAUGUUGUAAUUAUUGUGUUAACAUUGAAUUCAAGAACAUAAACUUGAUUCCCUCCUUCUAAUCAUCUUUUUCAAUUAGUCUCUUCAAUUUUUCUAUUCUCUGUUGAACUUUUCAUUUGUUCUUCCGCUUAAAGAAACCUGAUUGUAUUGGAGUAAUUAUUUCAACCUAAAUCAAGAGUGUUUAUCGUUGAACACCAAUCACGUCAACGAGCAAAACCUUAUACCGAAUGAAAAAUAAUCCACUUUGAGUUUUGUUUUGAUUCCAUAGACAAAAAGAGUAACAUUCAAAUCCUGAGGAAAUUGUUCGUUUCUCUUUCAUUUGAUUUCUCAAUUAGUGUCGUUUAAUUGUGGUUCUUACCUGGGCACAAUUGUUUAUCAUUAUUGAGAAUCAGUUGUUAAUCUUUUGAACAACAAGCGAAAACCGGUCUCCAUUUUUUUCUUAUUAAUAGCAACACUGAUUCUCAGUUUCAAUUGGAAAAGUUGACCUGUUUCUCUUGGUGUGAAGAAAGAGAAAGUUGUUGAAGAGAAUAACAAUUUUUUCUCUUCUUUUUCAUCUUCAAUCAUCAACAAUUUGAUUCGUUUGAAACUGCUUAAUGUAUCACUGAUAUUCAGGAAGUAAUUCAAAUCAGUUUGACACUUAAUUCAAUCAUUUGGUUGUCCCAAUAAUCCAAAGUAUCAUCAUCUUCAAAUCCCUUUUGUUUUUCUUUAUCCAUUGGAUUUUCCUUUUGAGUGUAUUCAUCAUGUUUCCAUUGGAUUAAUUUGGAUAAUUACAUAAUUUCUUAAUGAUGUUACUACUAAUUACAUGUGAUCAGUGGUCGACACUUUGAAAAUCAUCUGACUCACUUACGGUUUAACUAUCAACCCUUAAAUCAACAAAAUUAUCAAUAUGAUUUCUAUCAAAGUUUAAUCUCAUUUUCUACCUUCUCAUCAUCAUCUCAAUUGAUUUUUGCAAUUAAAGAUGAAAAAGAUUAACAUAAUCUAGUGAAAAAUCAAAAAGUAAAUUGUGAUUGUAACUACAUUCUAAUAACAAUUGAUCACUCCAAAAAAAAACGUCCACAAACAAUUAACCAACAACAACAAUCAACGAAAUCGUCAAUCAAACAUCAACUGUAAAAAUGUUCAGAACUGUAGCAAUCAUUGCAAAAGUGUUUAUUGCCUGUUGUACCAAUGUUUUCCUCCUUGAGGCCAUAUCAAGAGAAUCUCCUGGUUCAGCUAAUCUAAUUACUUUUUCACAAUUUGCUCUGGUCGCUUUUCAAGGAUUAUUAGUCAAUCACUUUAAAGGAAAACCAAGAAUGAUACCAUUAACUGAAUACGCUAAAAUGGUGAUAUUAUUUUUCUUCGUCAGUACUGGAAACAAUUUCGCUCUCAAUUAUAACAUCUCAGUACCUCUCCAUGUAAUAUUUAAAUCGGGAUCUCUGUUUGCUAAUCUUAUUCUUGGAAUUAUAUUGCUCAGAAGAAGAUAUUCUUCAACUAAAUACUUGUCAGUGUUUCUCAUCACAAUAGGAAUUAUUUUAUGUACAAUAUCUUCAUAUAAUGAACCUUUACAUGGAAGUAAAAAGGAAUCGGAAGAUUUUCUAUUCACUUGGCUCAUUGGAAUAUCAAUCAUGACUGUCUCAUUGUUCACUUCAGCUUUCAUGGGAAUUUAUCAGGAAAAAUUAUAUUCUAAAUAUGGAAAACAUCCUCAGGAAGCUCUUUUCUAUUGUCAUCUUUUACCUCUUCCUGGUUUCCUUUUACUUUGGUCUGACCUGUCAAAGCAAAUUGUUGCUUUUAAUCAAUCACCAUUGGUGUCACUUGAUUAUUUACCAUUUUGUGGUCACAUUUAUGUUCCCAAAUUGUGGAUCUAUUUAUUUCUCAAUGCGUUGACCCAAUACAUUUGUGUCUCUUCAGUUUUUUCAUUGACCUCGGAACACACCUCACUUACGGUCACUCUGGUUGUCACCCUGAGGAAAUUUUUCUCUCUCCUUCUCUCUGUUGUAUAUUUUAAAAAUUUGUUCACUUUCUACCAUUGGGUUGGAGCGUUUUUGGUUUUCUUUGGUACUCUUAUGUUCAUGGACAUUCACAGGACUGUUUACAACUAUCUCACUGGUCAGAGACAAUCAACCAAGGCCAAAAGAUCAUAAUUUAUUUUUAACACCAAUUGUGAGUGAUUAAUAACCAGGGGAGGAUUUUUGUUGACUUUCUAUCAGCAAAUGUAAAAAUGGAUUAGUUUUUACUUUUGGUUGUUAUUGUUUACCAAAAGUAAUUUUCUUUCAUGACACAAAUUGUAUUUUCUGAUGAUACUUAUGACGAUUAUUUUUGAUAUACAAUUAGGAUCGUCAUUAAACAAUAUUUAAUAUUAUAUAUUGUAAGUUACAAUAAAAUAAUAAAUAAUAAAAAAAGAUUCAAACAUCAAA